AUGGAACCCGACGAUGCCUUCCUCGACGCCUUUCUCGACGCGUGCUUCGCCGGUGAACUGUCAAAGACCCAGGAAGCCCUCGCCAGCGGGCGACUAACCACCGACGACCUCAACGAGGGACUCGCUCUCGCGACCCACAUGGCGCACCCUGAAGUCGUGGCUGCGCUCUUCGACGCUGGCGCUACUGUGUCACCCUGGACAGUGGAUGCUCUUCCUGGAGGGGACGAGGUGCCGCAGCACCCGAGCGUUGUUCGCCACUUUCUCGACCAUGGCCUUGAUCCCAACUCGAGGUGUUCUAACGGCGAGCCUGUCCUAUCCCUUCUGCAUAAUCCAGCAUGUGCUCGUGAAUUGCUCUUACGAGGCGCUGACCCCAACCUUACCAACCCAAGGGGAAUAACCCCCCUCGUCCGCGCCAUUGCGGGUGCCCGUGAAGAAGACACAUCCCUGCCUGAGCUGCUUCUCGCACAUGGGGCCAAGCUAGAAUCAGAUCUCCUCUUUACCGCCCUACGUCCACGCGUGCGCCAAGGAGAGCUCAUGACUAGAUUUCUUCUAGCCAAGGGUCUUGAUCCGAACACGACGUCCGCGGAAUGGGGCACUCCCCUGCACCGUGCUAUCCACUCUUGCAAGCCAAAUCUUGUUAAACUUCUGCUGGAGGCUGGCGCAGACCCCACAGCACGGCCAGCUUGCACGCAAUUCCGUGGCAAAACCCCCUUGCAAGUAGCUGAGACCUUGCCACAUCCCAAUGCCCGCCAGGCUAUACUUAGCCUCCUUCAGUCUUGGCAAGCCCACGGUUCAGUAUGUACCUAA